AUGGGUUUCUCUCAGAAAUGGGUGUGUGUGUUUCUUCUUCUCUUGAGCCUUGUCUUCCACUUGAGUGCUAUCACUCUUGGAGAUGACAAGGUUGAGAAAGCUAGAUGGGGUGAUGAUGAUUGUGGUCGCUUUGGUCGAAGAGGCUGCGGUGGUGGUCGUUUUGGGGGUGGUAGGGGUGGUGGUGGAGGGUUUGGUGGAGGUGGAGGUGGAGGUAGAGGGGGUGGAGGUGGAGGUGGUUUAGGAGGUGGAGGAGGUGUUGGGGGAGGAGCUGGAGGUGGUGUAGGAGGAGGAGGAGGGCUUGGGGGUGGUGGAGGUGGAGGAGUUGGGGGUGGUUCGGGUCAUGGUGGAGGAUUUGGAGCAGGAGGAGGCGUCGGUGGUGGUGCAGGAGGAGGUGUAGGAGGGGGUGGUGGCUUUGGUGGUGGUGGUGGAGGUGGUGUUGGAGGAGGAUCAGGUCAUGGUGGUGGGUUUGGAGCUGGGGGAGGUGUAGGUGGGGGUCCAGGAGGAGGCAUUGGUGCAGGAGGUGGUGGAGGCGGAGGUGGAGGAGGUGGUGGUGGUGGAGGUGUUGGGGGUGGUUCAGGUCAUGGGGGAGGCUUUGGAGCCGGAGGUGGUGUAGGAGGAGGUGGUGCAGGCGGUGUAGGAGGAGGUGGCGGAGGAGGAGGCGGUGGAGGUGGUGGCGGCAUUGGAGGUGGCCAUGGUGGUGGGUUCGGUGCAGGUGGUGGUGUAGGAGGUGGAGCUGGUGGUGGUGUUGGAGGUGGAGGAGGAUUAGGAGGAGGUGGUGGCGGAGGUGUAGGUGGCGGCUCAGGUCAUGGUGGUGGGUUUGGCGCAGGUGGAGGUGUUGGAGGUGGUGCUGGUGGGGGUGUAGGAAGAGGAGGUGGUGGAGGAGUUGGAAUUGGCAUUGGCAUUGGCAUAGGAGUAGGAGCAGGAGCUGGUUCUGGUAGUGGCUCCGGCUCUGGCAGCGGCGGUGGUGGCGGUGGACGGUAGUGCUUAUGUCUUUGAAUUGGUCCUUUGCCUACAUGAUCGAGUAUGUGGUCAUGUAAUUGUAAUUCUUCGUGGAAGUUGUUAUUGUCAGUUUUUCAAUUUACUAUUACUACUACAAAGUUGUGUUCCCUAAUAAUAAUCAGAGGGCGUGUUUGCUAUUUAUAAAAAUUCAUCAUUUUUCUAUCAUCUUCUUCGUUCUAUUCCAAAGAUCAAUGGUGCAUAGUG